GGGGAGGCAAUUAUACGUCUUCGGAUGCCACGCUGUGCGGAGAUAAGUCCUGUGUGGUCCGAUGCCACUCCUCGUUAAGCUCCCUCCGAGUGACAAGAACGGGCCAAGGUGUGACUUCGAAGCCUUGCGAUCACCUCGACUCCUUCAAAAAUCCUUCCCUAAAGAAAUGACUACGAAAGUGGUGCAGCCCAACGAAAUAAAGGACAUGCUGCAGCAACUGGCAGACGUACCGAUCUUCGGUGUCUCAGAGAAGAUAACUAUGUUGCAAGAUAAAGGCACGGCGGAGCUGGACCCCAACAUAAUUAUGAAUGCGAGGCACAAAAUAUUUCAGGAGCCACUGCAGUUUUCGCCAGCUCAAGAUGCAAUUUUGGCUGAAGCAAAAAGACUACUGAUCAGCGAGGAAGUACAAACUCUGUAUCAGAAACGAGGACAACGAAUACUUGAGUCGGAAUUAAAGAAAUUUGAGAAAACGCUCAGCGAAUCGCGACCACGGUGUUCCAUGGGGAAUGCAUGUAAUAGAAAGGUACUAGCUAAUUCAAGUAAUUCAGAAUUUUGGAAAAUAGUCUCUCACAAAGAUCAAAAAAAAGAUUUGCUCAUACCAAGGAAAAAAGUUAUUAAUAAAUUGGUUAAUAACGAGAGAGCAGAUGGGAACAACGUUAAUCAAGAUAAUAAAUCAUGUCUGGGAAGCAUCAAAGUUACUAUCAAAGACAAGCCAAUGUCUGAGAUAAAGGAACAAAAUGCUAAGACACUUAGGAUAUGUUUUGACGCUUUGAAACUAUAUGCUUAUGAACAGCAACGUUUACGUAAUAUAAAAAAUACAGUACAAGGAAAGAUCGCCCGAAGAAGGUUGCAAAGAUAUUUUGAAAUGUGGAGAUCUCAUGUUAAUACUACCAAAGUGCUUGCUCGGAAAAAGUCGGCAUCUUCGAAUACACUGGAUGAGCAUAAAAUUGAACUCUUCCUAAGUGCAAUUACAGAAAAGCAGAAACAGCUUACUAAAAUGCAAAAAUUGUCCGAAAGGAAAUCAGCUACGCAAAUACAGCAUAGUAAAUGUAGUGAUAUAUCGCAAAAAAUUCAAGGUGGUAGACGUUCUGGAACUGAAGCAAUAGAGAAUCGUCUAAAUGCUCAGAAGAAAAUCAUUGCCGAACAAAGAAUGAAACUAGCCGAACAAAAUAGAAUCAUUGAGGAAAUGAAAUUGCAGCAAUUGCAGAACGACACUCGGAAUGCUGGUAAAGAGACAUUAAAUGCUGUGAAGGAAACUCUCGUCCACUGUGGUCGAAAGACUCGUAGAAGCUUGAUACACCUGAUGCUUGAAGAAGGCUAUAGGGAUAAAGUUUUGGAAGCAGCACCAAGAUUGCCCACUCCACCACAAUUCCUCCUAAGGAUGGAAGCUCGAGCGGAAGCACGAAGGGAAAGAAUUAAAAGAGCCGAAGAAGCUCGAGCCAGAAAACUUGAAGAACAGAGAAAAAUAGAGGAGGCGAAGAAGACAGAAGAGGAGGAAAACAGGAAGAAGGCACAGCAAGAGGCUUUAAAAGAUGCCAGGAGACUUCAUGAGGAGCAGGAGAAACGUCGGGCUAAAGAAGCCGAAAAGAGUAAAAAGUUAAAUGCAACCGCAGAUCAAUUCUAUAGGAAGUAUCUUCUGCGGCGAUACAUUAUGGAUCCACUAAUAUUACUCAUAGAAAUGAAAUACGAUUACAUUAAAAAGGCCCAAAAAUGUUAUACACAAAUUUUACUACGGAGGGUUUUUAAGGCAUGGCAUGCAGAAACACUAAGGCAGGGUCGAAUUAAGAUGGAAUUAGUUAUUACAGUACACGAAAGAAACAUGUUAUGGCAUGCAUUAAUUCAUUGGAGAAAGUUGACGAAGCUUGAAACUCAAAAGUAUCAAACUGCAAUAGAUUUUCAUGACAUGCGUGUAAUGGUCCGGUGUAUGAAGGUUUGGUAUAACAGAACGCUGGAAAGCAAAAUGGAAGAAUUGAAAAAACAGCGGUUAGCUGAAGAAAAAUAUGAACAAACAUUAAAGCAGAAAUAUUUCAAAAUGUUGAAAAAAUAUCUUCAGAUCGCUGGUGAAAUUGAAGAAAGUGAGAGGAGACGAGAUAAGUGGAGAGAAUUGGUUCAAAGGGUCGUACCCGAUUUUGAUCCGAAGCAAAGGGGUGUUGCUAUAGACUAUUGAACGGUAAAGAGAAUUUGUAAAUUAAUCAUUAGCUAUCACAUUUAAAUUUUGAGAAUUGUGAUU